AUGCUCGCUGCCUCCAGCCGGGUACCCUCCACCUUCGAUAUCUCCUCCCCCAUGUCCUUCUCAGUUUCAUCAACCACCAAAUUCGCUAUCUCCUUUGCUCGUUCAGAGCCCUUGCCUAUCACGACCGAGGAACCUCCCUCUUCUCCCAGCAGUACGAUGAAGCCGACGAUGUCGUCGAUGUCGCCUGUCACUUCUGCACCCUCUCAAUCGUCCAGCACCACAUCAUAUACACUCCCCAUAUACGAACCAACCCAUAUCCCAGGCCUUUGGAAGAGUGGCCAGCACCACGUUCUCUCUGUAGAGUUUCCUCUCGUUCAGCACUGUCUCAAGUUGGCGGAGACGAGUUGGACGCUGCCGCAGGAGCUUCAAGAUACCACCUUGCGCGCCCUUGUAGCCCUUGCAGUCUUCGGCAGGCCUACACAUCCAGCUCAUUGGCUACUCUGGGGAAGCAAGCAGGUCGAUGCUACCCUUGAAUUGACACACCGGGUCAUAAAUGCAAAGAAUCCUCCUCUCAUUAGAUACUUUGGAGCCCUACCAGACAUGUUUACUUUGUACCUUUGGCAUUCCAAGGGUUGGCAUGAAGUGAUCCGUUCUAAGCUGUGGUAUUCCCAGCUGGCGCAGAAGCAGGCUACUGCACCCUCAGGACCUCAAACUCGCAAACGCCACCGCGAACCUCUGAUUGAAUCCAUCUCAGGUGUUGCAGAUGCCGACGUCAAUCUCGAAGGGGCAGCAGUGACGAAGCGACCGAGGAUGCAGACGCGAUGGUCUGCCCAGCGCAAGGCGGUGACACCCCCUGAUACAGCAGAAACCCAUUCCUCUACCACAUUGCAAGCUUCAGGUCCACUAAAGACUGCCGAAUCUAUCUUUGAAACUCCUCCUGCCUCGCAGCGACCGAGCACUCGCCAGAGUCGCAGUGCUAAACCAGUACCAGCCAUAGAAUCAGUCUCAACAUCAUCUACUUCAUCUUCUUCAUCUUCAGUAUUAUCGCAGUCACCAUCUCCCGUCCCUCGCACUAUUUCCUCAUCGAUCUCUCGCUUUCGAAACCGAUCAAACUCCCAAAUCUCAUCUGAGACCCUCAUCGCAUCUGACAGGUCUUUGUCCGUUGCGUCCACCAGAACAGCUACCGAGACGCCUGAGUCUCUGAAUGUCAAAGACAUGGCGACGGAGGAACCUGUGAAAGCAGAUCUCCAGGAAGAGUUUGUACCGUCCCGGAUUACACGGUCUAAAGGUCGUUCAGCUACGCAACAGGCGCGCACGAGCAAACCCUCUCCGUAUACGACUGAAAAGAUUGAGCAGGUCAAGAUGGGACGGAAGAAUACGAACUCGAAGGCAUCAUGUGCCCGAGAAGUUCGAGGUAGUCGGAAAUGA